CAGACCCAGCCCUACAAGUUGGUUUCUCUCAAACCCAGCAAUGGUGUCUUCUCUGCCAUUCAAGACUCCAAUCCUAAUCUGCUCAAUUUUGUUUUAUUCAAUUCUUCUACCGAGCACCAUAACCUUGUUGCAAUCACCAUCUCUCACCUCUGCUUUUACAACUCUUAGUAGUAACGAGACUGAUAGGCUUGCCUUAUUAGCCAUCAAAGCUAAGAUAACCCAAGACCCACUUGGAAUCACCAAUUCCUGGAAUGAUUCAGUCCAUUUCUGCAAAUGGGUAGGUGUCACUUGUGGUCAUCUUCACCAAAGAGUCACUGAAUUCAACCUAAUUUCCCUUAACUUGGUGGCCACUUUAUCACCUCAUAUAGGAAACCUCACCUUCCUCACUGCUAUCAACAUUGAAGCCAACAAUUUCCAUGGUCAAGUCCCUCCUGAAAUAGGGAGACUCUUUAGGCUCAGACACCUUAAUAUCAGCAACAACACGUUUUCCGGUGAGCUACCGGAAAAUCUUACUGGCUGCUCUAGCCUGGUUCUCCUCCGAACGGGCUUCAACACAUUGACUGGGAAGCUCCCAUUUCAUAUUGGCUCUAUGCAAAAGCUAGAGAGAAUUCAACUUCACUAUAAUAGUUUCACAGGUCCAAUACCAGAAUCUAUUGGCAAUCUUUCCAAUAUCAUUACUAUUUCUGUGUCUGCCAACAAUUUCGAAGGAAGCAUUCCUGACUCGCUUGGCAGGUUGAAAACGCUGAAAUUUCUCGGAAUUGGAGUGAAUUCGUUGUCGGGUACAAUCCCUCCCUCAAUUUACAAUCUUUCAUCUCUCACAAGACUCGCUUUGCCUUAUAAUCAAUUACAUGGGACUUUGCCAUCAGACUUGGGAUUCACUCUCCCUAAUUUGUUAGUUCUGAAUUUGGGUCACAAUCAAUUUAGUGGACCUCUUCCAGUGUCCUUAUCCAAUGUUUCAAAUCUGGUUGAAUUGGACAUUGAUACAAGUAAUUUCACUGGAAAGGUUUCUACUGAUUUUGGGGGCUUACCCAGUCUUUGGUGGUUGGUUCUUUCUUCCAAUCCCCUAGGGAAAGGAAAAGCUGAUGACUUGGAUUUCUUGAAGUCAUUGGCUAAAUGCAGAGAGCUGAAAGUGUUGGAUUUAAGUAAUAGUCGGUUUGGAGGGGUCAUUCCUAAAUCUGUUGCAAACUUGUCACCUAGUCUUUUGACAUUAAGAUUGGGAGGCAAUCAAUUGUCAGGAAACAUUCCUAGUGGGAUAGAAAACCUCUUUAACUUGACCGAACUACAAUUGCAGAAAAAUAAGUUAACAGGUAGUAUUCCCACUAGCAUUGGUAACCUGAAGAUGCUAGGACGAUUGGAUUUGUCUGAAAAUGAGCUUUCAGGACACAUUCCAUCGUCUCUGUCUAACAUAACUCAAUUGUUUGCUCUCUAUCUUGAAAAGAACCAAUUAAUUGGGAGCAUUCCUUCUAGUUUUGGGAAUUUUAGAUACUUGCAAGAGCUAGACCUUUCUCAAAAUCGUCUUAAUGGUACCAUACCCAAAAACGUUAUGGGAAUUUCCUCCCUAACGAUUACCUUGAACCUUGGUCAAAAUCAAUUGAUUGGUCCCCUGCCUUCACAAGUAGGUGAAUUGAAAAACCUUGGUUACUUGGAUGUUUCUGAGAACCGAUUGUCUGGUGAAAUUCCCAACAGCAUUGGUACUUGUGUGACCUUGGAACGCCUUCGUAUGGAGGGUAACUCCCUUGAAGGUUCCAUUCCUCUAGCUUUUAGUUCUCUGAGAGGUCUUCAAGAUUUAGACCUUUCACGCAACAACUUGUCUGGUGCAAUUCCAGAAUACUUGGAGCAAAUUCCCAUCAAGAAUUUGAAUUUGUCUUUCAACCGUUUUGAUGGUGAACUACCAACAAGAGGGGUUUUCAAAAAUGCUACUGCAAUUUCCGUAGCUGGAAAUAGUAAGCUUUGUGGGGGUAUACCAGAAUUGAAGUUGCCGGCUUGCCUGAAUAGUGUCUCUAAGAAAGGAGGCAUUUCUCGGGGUCUCAAGCUAAUGAUCCCACUACUUUCUGGGCUUCUGGUUCUUGUUUUGAUCGUGUCACUUCUAAUAAUUUAUCGGUUAAGGAAAACAAAGAGAGAGAAGGAGCCUUCUCUAUCAGGUUCAUCAAGGAAAGACCUGCUUUUGAUGGUAACCUAUGAAAGUCUUCUCAAAGCUACAGGGGGGUUUUCUUCGUCAAAUUUAAUUGGUACUGGUAGCUUUGGCUCUGUGUACAAAGGAGUCAUUGAUCCAGAUGAAACGGUUGUUGCAGUGAAGGUACUAUACCUACAGCAGAGAGGAGCUUUGAAGAGCUUCAUGGCUGAGUGUGAAGCCUUAAGAAACAUCCGGCAUAGAAAUCUUCUGAAAAUCUUAACUGCAUGCUCUAGUAUUGAUUUUCAAGGCAAUGAUUUCAAAGCAUUAGUCUAUGAGUUCAUGCCAAAUGGGAGUUUGGAGAGUUGGCUACAUCCAAAUCCAAGAGCAGAGGUCUUGAAUGAUGAUCUGAGGAUAUUAGGCCUUCUCCAAAGGGUAAAUAUUGCCAUUGAUGUGGCUUCUGCACUAGAUUAUCUUCACCACCAUAGCCACAAGCCUAUUGCUCAUUGUGAUUUGAAGCCUAGCAACAUUCUUCUCGACAAUGAAAUGACUGCUCAUGUAGGUGAUUUCGGGUUAGCAAGGUUCAUUCUAGAAGCCAUGGAUAGAUCUCAUCCAAAUCAAAGCAGCUCGGUUGGUUUAAAGGGAACUAUUGGUUAUGCUGCACCAGAGUAUGGCAUGGGAAGCAAAGUGUCAACAUAUGGUGAUAUUUACAGCUAUGGUAUCCUUCUGUUAGAGAUGUUUACAGGAAAGAGGCCCACUGAUGGAAUGUUCAACGAAGGAUUGAAUAUCCAUACUUUUGUGAAGAUGGCACUGCCUGAACGAAUAGCGGAGAUUUCAGAUCCAAUAAUUCUACCUGGUGGAGGAGGAGAAGAAGAAGAUGAUGAUGCUGAGGAAAUUUGCGCGGACAGUGAUUGCAUGGGACAAAUGAAAGUAGAUCAAGUGAAGGAAUGUUUGGUUUCUGUCCUCAAGAUUGGAGUUGCUUGUUCAGUGGAAUUGCCUAGAGAGCGAAUGGAUAUUAAAGAUGUCGUCAAAGAACUGCAAUUGAUCAGAGCCAUUGUUCUUGCUCUGGGAUGAUAUUCAACUCAAUCAGCCUGUAAAGCUCUAUUUUAAUUAGCCAGAAGGUUUUUUUAUCUGCCAAAUUAACUAGAAAACAUAUGAAUAUAUUCUCUCAGUGGGAAUGUUAUGGAGUCUGGCCCUCAACAGGCCUUUAGCUGAUUCACAAUAUAGUGAGAGGUUUGGGAGUGAGGGUUUGAGAGCAGUCACUCAGUGCAAAAUAAUGUCAAUGGUUAAAAAUUCCUUUUUAAUACUUUUUGAUUUGAUCAAUAUAGAUAACGUAUAAUUGUACUAUAAUUAAUUGUACCCAAUCAUUUUGAUUUACAACUAAAGUUUGUGCUUUUGUUCUGGAGAAAUCUGAUUAGAACUCUUUCU